CCCGGGGGAGGUAACAUGGCGGCGCCGGACAGCGGGCGGGCGGACAACGGGUACGGGGGGCAGGCGGCCCGCAGGAGGAAGGGCCCGAGCGCCCUGGCCACGGCCUAUCUCGUCAUCUACAACGUGGUGAUGACGGCGGGGUGGCUUGUUAUAGCCGUUGGCCUAGUUCGAGCAUAUUUGGCUAAAGGUAGCUAUCAUAAUCUUUACUAUUCGAUAGAAAAGCCCUUGAAAUUCUUCCAAACUGGAGCUCUGCUUGAGAUUCUACAUUGUGCUUUUGGCAUCGUUCCCUCUUCCGUUGUCCUGACUGCUUUCCAGGUGAUGUCAAGGGUUUUUUUGACAUGGGCAGUGACACACAGUGUAAAAGAGGUACAGAGUGAAGACAGUGUGCUCUUAUUUGUUGUUGCCUGGACAGUCACAGAGAUUAUCCGUUAUUCCUUUUAUACAUUUAAUUUACUAAACCAUCUCCCUUAUCUUAUCAAAUGGGCCAGGUACACGCUGUUCAUAGUACUGUAUCCAAUGGGAGUCUUAGGCGAAUUACUCACAAUAUAUGCUGCUUUACCCUUCGUCAGACAGUCUGGCUUGUAUUCCAUUAGUUUACCUAAUAAAUACAAUUUCUCCUUUGACUACUAUACAUUCCUGAUCCUGGUUAUGAUCUCUUACAUUCCACUCUUCCCUCAGCUGUAUUUCCACAUGCUACAUCAGAGGAGAAAGGUACUUUCUCAUACUGAAGAACACAAGAAGUCGGAGUAAUUCCAGCACUUUUUCGGAACUUUUCACACAUCAGAAUGCUGCAGAUUUUUCCAUAGCCAGCACGUUUAUAGAGAAUAAAGUUAAAACUAAAUCAGAGGUAAAAAAAGGCCUAUAACUUAGAAAGAAUAACUAAAAAACUUGUUAAUUUUGUUGACUAUCAUAUGAAAACUGGAUUAUCAUUUUCAGCAUGCACUGCUAUGGAGAAUUUCUCAAGUUUACGUGGCUUAGGCAUUUUAGCCUUUUACCUUUCCUUACUUUACAUAAAAACCCUUUUUAGCAUAUAUUGCUAUAUGCCUGAGAGUUGAAGAAUGAGUGACAAAGUUGUACUCACUAAAUGCAGUGCUUGAAUUGGAUUUAUAUUAUUGACAUGCUUUUCCAAAGGUGCUUGACUGCAUGCCAGAAAUCGUAUGUAUUCCUGUAGAAGCAAACUAUAUUCUCUGGAAUGCUCUAACGUUUUGGCUGGGACUCCAGCAAAGCGCAUAGCCCAGGCAGAUUGCUUCAAUCUAGUAAAAUAAUGUGUGGAUUUAAAAGGCAGUGGGGGUGAGAGCAGGGAAACAAUUACUGGAGCAGAGAGAAUGCAGUUCUCUAGGAGAUUAAACUGUACAGUGUCUGACAGGAGUGUGUUCCUUAAAGAUUCAAUGUAAACUGAUUACCUUGAACACUGAUGUUUUUAGUGCUACUCCUGCAGAGGUCAUGAGGGUGCCCUGAAGUAUUAAAAUUGUUCUGAAUACAGCAGCCUCGGUUCUCCUUUUUUAUUUUUUAAAAGGAGAGUGAAAUGUUAAUGUUUCUGAAUAAUUGGACAGAGUAUUGUCAUCAGUAAUGAACAUAUACAAUGUGAUAAUGUGAAAUAUAUCACUUAGUAACUUGGUGUUUUCUUCCCUUUUUGCCUUUAAAUUAUUAUUUCUAAUUGGUAUCUGCUAAGCUCAUUUAAGUCUUUUUUGUUUAUGCACUUGUAAACACAGAUAGGAUUCAAAUAUUUUAAGAGUAAGUGUAGAUAAUUGGAAUCUAAAUGUUCCACACAGAGCCUUUUUCCAAAUUGUUUUGGAUGAUUAGACUUAUAUGUAUAGUAUAGUAAAUCCAACUGUUUUUCUUUAAACCUAGUCAUUUAGUGAAACCGUAUUUCCAUGAAUGGGUUUAUGAUUACAUUGUCUAAAAGCUGUUUUUAGAGAGAGAAAUUUCUCUAAUCUUCUUGUUAUGACUCUUGUCAACUUGUUCCCGGUUCCAUCCAGAAACCAAGGAGGAUUUUACCAGAGCUCAUAAUGGUCAAGAGCACUCCACAGAUAAACAGACCUUAACAUUUAGUUCAAAUGGUGCCGUGUUAGCAAUGGGAGGGGAAGAAAAACUAAGGCUGCCUUAGCUCACGGGCUAAUUAGAACACAUCAGAGCAGUCGAUUAAUAGAGUCUGCUCCUCACUGUCACGUGUAUAAGGCCCCACAUGUUUAAAAAUGGCUGCAUGGGCACUUUAUCUAAACCUUCUCAAAUGAGGGUUAGAUAAAGUGUCCCAUGGCCAUUUUUAUGCACAGGGCCUUAAUACAUGUGAAGGUGAGGUGUUUAAAUUAGAGCAAUUAGAGCUCUAAUUAAAACGCCCCUACCCACCCCUGAGCACAUGUAUAGGCAGCCUAAAAUUGUAGUUCAUAUUAAAACACUUUCUUCCUUUGGGGUACGGAAAAUAUAAAGCCUACACUAAGUAAAAGUGCUUAUGUAUUUUAAAGGCAGUAAAAUGUUGUGUACGUCUUGCUUCCUUCAGUGGAAUAGAGAAAUGUAGAGUGGCGCAAACACACUGCAACAAAAUAGGGUAUACUUAUAUUUUUGAACAAUAAAUUUCUCCUGUUCCCUUCAAACUAGCUAUCCAAGUUGAUGACGGAGAGUGUUUUCAGUGGAAGGCACCUAAAUAAAAAAGCAAAAUGGCCUAAAUUUCCAGAAAUGGUGAAGUCUGUGGGGAUUGUGGAUGCUCAGCUGUUUUGAGAAGCCACUUUGAUUUAGGUUAGAGUGGCUUAUAAAGUUAGGAGUCUUAUGCUCCCAAUGUUUGUUUUUGUCAUUUUUUUAAAAUGACAUGAAAUAAAGUACAUUAAUUCUUAUUGGAAAUUAUACAUUAGUUUACUUUGUUUCUUAUGAAGCAGAGAAACUGCCGCAAAUUGGAGGAAGGCUCUUUGCAACUAACCUAUUUAAUUAAAUACGCUUUGUGUUUUGAAAUGCUUAAUCUACCAGUAUCACGAUACCAAUACAAAGAUAGUUGACCACACAAAUGCAAAUGAAAUCCUAUCCCUUUGUAAAAAAAAAAAAAAAAAAAAAA